GGAAUGAAAGGUCCAUGCUCGACGCGGAGUGUAAUUUACACUCCAGUGUAGCAGGUGGCAAUGUUGAGAUAAAGCUUCUGAAUGGUUAGACGUAAACAAUACGAGCAAAACACUCACAUCGACCAAUCCUGUUACCCAUCCGCCACAAACCUUCGCGGUCUAGGGUGUCCCUACACCUUUGGUCCAUGUUAGGACUAUGCUGUCGGCCUCGGAGGGUCCAUUAUGGAGAAAGGUUCCGUCCUUCACUGGUCCCAUUCCCAGGGCAAGGCACGGCCAUCGAGCUGUGGCUAUUCGAGAGCUAAUCGUGGUGUUUGGAGGAGGAAACGAGGGUAUUUCGGAGGACUUGCAUGUUUACAACACUGUGUCCAGGCAAUGGUUUCUUCCAGCGGUCAGGGGAGACAUCCCUCCUGGCUGCGCUGCCCAUGGCUUUGCCUGCGAAGGAACCCGUAUCCUGGUGUUUGGUGGGAUGGUGGAGUUUGGCAAAUACAGUAACAAUCUCUAUGAACUACAGGCAAGUCGCUGGCUGUGGAAGAAAUUAAAACCCAGAGGCCCGAAGAAUGGCUCGCCUCCCUGCCCUCGCAUUGGUCACAGUGUCACCCUCAUUGGGAACAAGUGCUACCUGUUUGGGGGUCUGGCUAAUGACAGUGAAGACCCUAACGGCAAUGUACUAAGGUACCUGGAUGACUUCUAUGAGCUGGAGCUGCAGGCGGGGUCAGGGGUCAAGGGCUGGAGUAUUCCGGACACUAAGGGUGGGGGCCCGUCCGCUCGCGAGUCCCACACCUCAGUGGCGUACUGCAAGCCCGGUCACAGCCCCAAACUCUACAUCUUCGGAGGCAUGUGUGGGCACCGGCUUGGUGAUUUGUGGCAACUAGAUAUUGAAACCAUGACGUGGUCCACACCGGACACGAAUGGACAGUGUCCCUUAUCCAGAAGCCUUCAUUCGACCAACGUCAUAGGAAACAAGAUGUACGUGUUUGGAGGCUGGGUUCCGGUCGUGGAGUCGGAGAACAAACCCAACGCCCUUGGUGUCGAGUGGAUCUGUACCAACUCUCUCUCACUGUUGAAUCUGGACACCAUGACAUGGGAGCGAUGGGGCCCAGAGCAAGAGCAGCAGUACCUGGAGCAGCAGGGUCCCGAUGAUGGCCCUACCAACGUGCCCGGAGCCCGGGCAGGCCACUGCGCCACCACCAUUGGCUCUCGCCUCUACAUCUGGAGUGGCCGGGACGGCUACCGCAAGAGCUGGAACAUCCAGGUGUGCUGCAAGGACCUCUGGUACUUGGAGACAGAGAAACCAACUACCCCUUGUGCAGUGCUGUUGGUCAAGUCCACCAUCACUAUGCUGCAUGUGGCUUGGCGCCCCCUACCUGCAGCAGAGUAUUACCUCCUCCAGUUACAGCCCAUCAGGCCCCCUCAAGGCCCCCCUGCUUGCCCCUCUGAUCCCUCUAUGGACCCCCAGUCAUCUUCCACUGAAGUAGUGGAAGAGGGGACCUCACAAGAGAAUCCUCCUGGACAGAGCCGCGACAGCCCGAGUGGAAAGAUCUCAUCUGGAAAGAAGAUGACUUCUCCACUGAAUGGAGGGGUUGUUGUGGAGACCCCCGUGGAGAUAUGCGAGAGUGGAUCAGAACUCCAGGAGGAGCUCCAUCCCACAAGGGAAAGGGGUGGAAGAGGAACCCACCUGCCAUCUGAACCCUACUCUACAUACCCAGGGAGUUCCGAGAAUCUUUUGAGCCAGACACCAGGUGAAGAUGAGGGCCUGGAGGAGCCUAUCUGGUUUGAUGUGGGGGUCUUUAAGACACUAUUCUCUGAGGUCACCGAGUACUACCUGCCUCCCAUGGAAGGAGAAGAGCCAUCACCCCCACCUUACCGCUUCAUCAGCUCCAGAGAGGUAAAACAGUGGAUUCAGCAGUGUUAUGAGGACAGGGAGAAGCACUCUCUAGAGCCGGGCGUCACUUACAGGUUCAGGGUGUCGGCCAUCAACAGCUGCGGCCAGGGAGACUUCAGUGCUGUGAGCGAGUACAAGACCUGCCAGCCCGGCUUCCCUGGAGCACCUUCUGCUGUCAAGAUCAGUAAGGUGUCUGAAAACGUUCACAUCAGCUGGGAGUCGCCCACCUCGCCGUCGGGAAAGAUUCUGGAGUACAGCAUGUACCUGGCCGUGAACAAGAGCCGCGGGGGCUCCAGCGGGGCGGCCACGGCCACGGCCAGCACGGCAGGCGGCGAGCUGGCUUUUAUCCGCAUCUACCGCGGCACCAAGACUUCCUGCACUGUCAACCCGUCGCACCUGAGCAACGCCCACAUCGACUGCUCGGCGCGGCCGGCCGUGGUGUUCCGCAUUGCCGCCAAGAACGAGCAAGGCUACGGCCCCGCCACACAGAUCCGCUGGCUGCAGGAUACAAGCAAACUCAAAGCCUCUUCAUCUGAAUCUAAAGCCAACUCCGGAGAAGCGGACCAGGAAAGCAAAAAAAGAUAGAACUACCAUGACCCUGACUCCCAACCACUAUACCCACUUCAUUGGGCGGUUUGAAGUUUAAAAGAAGUACCCCUUGGAUCCCUAUGUAUAGUCGUAGCACUCUGUUACCAUUACAGCUCAAUGUCUGGUCUGAGAUGUAUCCCUCCAAUAUUGCCAAUUGUUUUCUAAAUCCCUGAGAACUAGAUACACUGACUGGUCACUGCAAAUGUAGGAGUACAUAUUGUUUUUCACUCAUUUUAAUACAUAUAAUGAGCACCUUUUUUUUCUUGUACAGAUGUAUUUAUAUUCUUUUUUUAAACCACAGCUUUUAUUUUUUAAUGUCAUGUUAUGAAUCUCUGAGAUAAGAAAGCCAGAAUCUGUUCUCUCAUUUUAUAACACAAGUAUGGACGUACCACAGCAACUGGGUGUCAAGUGCCUUGAAGUGGGGGUUAUUCAUACCAUUCUGACUGGUGCUUUUGAUUUAAGUGUUUUACUAGUGGAAGUCAACUUGUUUCUUGGCUUAAAAAUAUAUCUACAUUUCACUCGAGGUUUGCAAUCCUGUAAAGUGUUUGGUCAAGGUGAUGGUUGUUCAUCCAAUAUGAAUAAAGCUCUUAUUUAUUGUG